UACACCAUCACCACCUUCAGAGAGAGAGAGCUCUUCCAUCGGCUAAAAUGCGCCAGUAUCUCUCUACACCUCAUAUCCAAUAACCCCUCUUUCUUGGAUUUCUGAUUUCUUCAGUAAAAAUCCAAUCUUUAUUUUUUUUCUCUGUAUUGAUUUAUUUAUCAAUGGCGAUUAUUAGGGCAUCGAAAUUAGGGGUUUUUGUAUUACUAGUAUUUGGAAGGUUGUUUGCUAGGGUUUCUUCUUCUUCAUCAUCAUCAUCUUUUUGUUCACCAAUUUCUGUUACAGAUUCGAUCUUAAGGAGUAGGGAUUUCUGUUCAAAUUUUGAUUUUGCUGCUGGUGCAUUUGUUGGUGUUACUGAGGGUGAUGAUGUUUCGUUGCAGAAGGUGUUUAAUCUUGUUCACAAGAACAGUCACGACUAUGUAGCUGUUCUCUUUUAUGCAUCUUGGUGUUCUUUCUCCAGAAAUUGUAGACCGAUCUUUGCUGCGAUGUCUUCCUUGUAUCCUUCCAUCCUCCACUUUGCAUUUGAAGAAUCUGUCGUCAAACCAAGCAUACUCUCGAGGUAUGGAGUUCAUGGGUUCCCUACUCUUUUUCUUUUUAAUUCCACCAUGCGGGUGCGAUAUCAUGGUUCACGUACCCUCACUUCCCUUGUUGGUUUCUAUUCCGAUGUCACUGGAAUGAAGCCCGUGUCGCUGGAUCAAACUUCUUUGGAGAGAAUGGGGAGCCAGACAAAUCUUGCAAAUUACGAAGACACGGAGGAAGAAAAUUGCCCAUUCUCAUGGGCUAGGUCCCCAGAAAAGUUGCUUCAGCAAGAGACAUACCUGGCACUAGCAACUGCAUUUGUGAUUCUUAGAUUGCUUUAUUUUUUCCUUCCAUCACUGCUUGAAUGUGCUUCUGCUGCUUGGAGAAGGCUUAUACGGAACACAAGAAUAGUAAGCUUGUGGGAAUAUCCUUCUACGUUGUUCAAUCAAGCAAUGCAGAUUUUCAGAACUUUCAAAGAGCCUUGCAAGAGGAGAAGCAAUUUGCAGGAGAGGGCAAUACAUGCCAGGACGUGGGCACGUAAAUCAUUUUCUCCUGUUUCCAUUAGUGAUGCUGCAAGCUCGAGUCGUGUCUGUGCAGGAAGUGAGGUUCGAUAGUACUUUCCUGUGCUUUUCCUCAUCUGGCUACAACACGACUGAUCUGUGUUACCACAUGAAAGAAGUGGCAACGAGGAGAAAGUCUUUCCCCAACAAAAAGCUUUCAUGCAAACAGAAAUGAAAAACCAGUAAGUUGCCCUAACUUUGAGCAGUUCACAAUACCGUGUCCUUCGUUACGAGCAGUGUUGUUCAUAUAUUAAAAAGAAGUUGUGAACUCAGAUGUUGUUGAUUAUGCUGCUGUUCAUAUUGUUAAGUCAAAUGUAUCUCAUAUAUUUUCAGAAAUGAAUUUUGCUGUUUAAUUUUUACAAAUAAGUUGUGAAUGUCUUGAAAUGUAGAGUUUGCAAAUUUUCUGAUACAGUUCAAGUCACUGUGUUA